AUGGACUUGCCGCCUGUGCAUCCUGGACCAGCUGCGGAUCAGAUAUUAGUGUUACAAGGCGACCAUAGGUCCGCCUAUGUAUGGGAGGGACAUGUAUUGGAUCAAACUCUCCGCGCCAGGAGACCGGACGACUUGUGGGACUUUUUGAGGGGGAGAGCUUUCCAUGCCUGCGUAGUCCAUUGCCUGCGUGCUACGGGCUUCCUUAAGAUUUUUGAGAUUGGGCGGAUGCAGCUCGACUGGUCUCUCAUCACGGAGUUGAUAGAGUGGUGGCGACCAGAGACGCACAUUUUUCACCUGCCCACUGGAGAGGUCACCAUCACGCUUCAGGAUGUUCAGGCUUUGUAUGGGUUGCGUGUUGAUAGACUGGCCGUUGCACUGCCCCAAUAUAUGAGAGCUAUGAUGCAUCCCCAGUAUUUGGAUUUGCUGGGGCAGUAUACUGGUUUCAGACCACAGGGUGAGGCUGCAGUUAGAGGGGGCAGUCGCAUUUCUGUAACAGCUAUCAGACAACAUAUGGAGGUAUUGCACCCCGACAUUACCGACGAGACAGAGGAUCUCCAUAUUGACCGGUACACGAGGUUGGCGUUGUUCCUUCUUUUUGGGGGUGUCUUGUUCCCGAACACUUCGGGAAAUCUAGUGAGUCUGCGCUUUCUGCAUCAUCUGCAUCAGCUAGAUGAGUUACCCCAGUACAGCUAG